UCACCGGACAGGUUUCUGUCCGCUGCUCAGCUGUUCUGACGUCGAGCACGCUAUCUGACGUCACCGUGGGAGUGUUCCACCAUCGGGAGAAAUGAACGGUCAUCAACACAAUCCUCUCAGCGCCCAUCAUGUUAUUUUCCUAAAUGUCCAUGGGAACAGCUGACUAAAGUUUGACAGCUAUCAGUUUUCCAUUUGUAAGACUUACACGGAGGAAGCCGUCCAAUUGUCCUGGAUUGAGCCCUUCCCAGUGUUGAUCGACCCACAAAUUAUCUGCUGAUGAGCACAUCUGAAGCUAAUCCCGAGUUGUGAGUCAGUAGAGGAGACGCUGGGCUGAUGGUAAGCUGUCUGUCACUCUCUUUCUCACCUUCUCUCCUGCUUUCUGUCUCACAGUCUCAUUACAUGUAGAUAAAACAAAAUGCUUUUCUAUAAUCUGCCAUUCGAGGGCCAGAGUCUUGGAAUGGUCCUUUACAUUCCAGGAUUUGGCCUCGUUAUACAAUGAGAGGCAAAGGGAAGACCGCAGUGGAUCGCUGAACACCUUUUAUCAGUUGAGACUUGGAUAUUAAUCGCUUUCCUUAGUAUUUAAUUUACAUUUUUCACACUGUACUCUUUGUUCAUUAAAGCACUCUCAAUUAUGUUGAUCAUUAUUUCCAUUAUGAAUACUUUCUGAAAUAAUAUUAUUCCUUUUUAAUAAAGGCUUCAACAUGUACAAGAUUCCAAACAAUGACAUUUCAGAAACUAUUCUCUUUAUUUUGUAGAGAUUUGUGUUUUUGCCUCACUGGGUUGUCAGACAUGCCAAAUGCUAUUGACUUAAAAUGGAUACUGUAAUGUAUGUUUUUCAACGAGUGUCUGUGUCAACCCAGUUUAUGUUGCUAGAUGUUGUUUUAUAUUCUGCUUAUUAUGUUCAUCACUCACUGCUGCAUGUCAUAAUUCAUUUUAUUUUCCUUUUUGUGGUAGACAAGCAUGACAUUGAGCCAAGCCACAGAUGCAUGUCCACUCAAAGGGCCCAACUGAGCACCACCCGGCUCUCAACCAGGCGCUCAGAGGGAGGGGACGGGGGUGUCGACGGGACGCUGCUAGUCCCCUGCACCCCCAAGUAGCACCUCCCCGAGACACUGGAGGUCUCAGAUGGAUCAGGGUAGUAGUGAGCAGAGUCCAGAGGAGCCGGACGCGGGAGGCCGAGCGGAGCUGGAGGGCGGCAGGAGGGCGUCGGAGUCAGAGCAUGGCUUGUCAAAAAUCACCCAUAAUGCCCUGGAGAACAUGGGAGCGUUGGGCCAUGGCCUGAAGCAGUUCUUCCAGCCACAGCGCCGACGCUCCUCCGUUUCCCCACAUGACUCCGUCUCGUCCUGCGUAGGCGCCCCUGCCUCCGAACCCGCUGACGCAGGGUCCGAGGUAGGGGACGUUCCCGCCUCCUCGGCCCUCCCGUUGGAUUCUGACAACUCUGCCGCUUCCGCCCCUCCCGCAGCUCUGAGCCGUGUUCUGCAGCAGAUCCGAGGUGCCCCACCAAUGAAGCGAGGCACCAGCCUGCAGAGCCGCCGCGGCAAGGUGGGGGGCACCGGGGAGCCUCCCCAGAAAGGUAGCCCACAGAUCCACCGGCGCAGCACCCAUGAAGCCCUGCUGCAGGCCGGCCGGCCGCGGUCCUCCUCGACCACAGACACGCCCACCAGCCCGGCUCUCGCUGAUGUCCUCCUGACCUCCGGCUACCACUCAACGGAGGAGCCUGACAAGCUGGAUCGCUAUGAUGGAUCAGGCCCCGCAGUGUCACCCAACGCUCUCCCCUACGGGGCAGAUGGGUACGAUGUAGUUGACGGUACCCCAGAUCCCCAGCGGACUAAGCUGGCCAUCGCCCAGCUGCAACAGAAGAUCCUUAAGCUCACAGAACAAAUCAAAAUUGAACAAACGGCACGAGAUGACAACGUGGCUGAAUACCUGAAACUGGCCAACAAUGCAGACAAACAGCAGAGCGCACGCAUCAAACAGGUGUUUGAGAAGAAGAACCAAAAGUCCGCUCAGACUAUCCAGCAACUGCAGAGGAAACUGGAGCACUACCACCGGAAGCUUCGAGAGGUGGAGCACAACGGCAUCCCUCGCCAGCCCAAAGAUGUUUUCCGAGACAUGCACCAGGGGCUGAAAGACGUUGGAGCCAAGGUGACAGGCGGCCUCUCCAGUUUCUCCCAUGCCACUCACUCUGCAGCUGGCGCCGUGGUAUCCAAGCCGAGAGAAAUCGCCUCCCUCAUCCGCAACAAGUUUGGCAGUGCUGAUAACAUCGCAGCCUUGAGAGAUUCCUUGGACGAAACCCAGGGAGACGAAGGUGUCGGACCGGGAGGGACGAGGGCCCUCGGCACUGGACAGUUGCAGUCCAGCCCAAAGUACGGCAGCGACGAGGACUGCUCCAGCGCUACUUCCGGCUCUGCGGGAGCCAACAGCCUGACCGGAGCCCCCGGAGGCCCCCCUAGCUCCAAGGGCAACACCCUUGAUCACGGCCAUGCCUCUGGCUUUGAUGCUAUACUCCAUGAGAUCCAAAAGCUGCGGGAGAACCAAGGUCGACUAGAGGAGUCCUUUGAAAGCUUGAAGGCCCACUAUCAGCGGGACUACACAAUGAUCAUGGAGGCCUUGCAGGAGGAACGAUUCAGGUGUGAACGUUUAGAAGAACAACUCAAUGACCUGACGGAGCUGCACCAAAAUGAAAUUCUGAACUUGAAACAGGAACUAGCCAGCAUGGAGGAGAAGAUCGCUUACCAGUCUUACGAAAGAGCGAGAGACAUUCAGGAGGCGCUGGAGGCGUGUCAGACGCGUAUCUCCAAGAUGGAGCUGCAGCAGCAGCAGCAGCAGGUGGUGCAGCUGGAGGGUCUGGAGAACGCCACAGCGCGGACUCUGCUGGGCAAACUAAUCAACGUGCUGCUGGCGGUGAUGGCCGUCCUGCUGGUGUUUGUGUCCACGGUGGCUAACUGUGUCGUCCCCCUGAUGAAAACACGCAGCCGCACUCUUUCCACGCUGCUCCUCGUGAUCCUGCUGGCCUUCCUCUGGAGGCACUGGGACGCCAUUUCAGAGUACCUGCAUCACUUUCUCCUGCACUCCAGAUGACCGGCUCGGAGCGGCCUGCUCGAACAAGGACAGGACGGAGGAUUCGGGGGGGGCUGAUGUGUAAAGGGAGGGAACACUGACCCGCCGUGCACGUUGAAGCCCAGUGGUCCUAGGGUUGCAUCAGAGUGUUGCCACUUUAUCUCUUUUUGAAAAGAAUACAAUAGAGAAUAAGGCUAGACGGGCACAUAUAACAGGCACAGUUGAAGGAGGUGCUGAGAGAACCGCACGCCUGAUUUCUCUCUUCUGAGUGAAUUUGUUUACAUGUGGGAAAAUUUGCAUUGUUUUCCCACAGAAGAAAUUGUAAUUCAGAGUUUUAUUACUUAUGAGCUAAUUCAAGUGGUAUUGUUUUUGAUGUCACCGCUAUUUUUAAUACUGCUGAUUAUGAGCUUUUAAUCUUUCUUUUAACUGUAAUGAGCUGACAGCUAAUUUAGUUAGUCCAUAUUCUCUUUUUUUUUUGUACGUUCUCGCUCUUCUAGUCUCGCUGCUUUGGUUUUUCAGUCUGCUCUUUUGUUCCCCUUCACUCAGUCUUUAAAAAUCUCAGCUUCUGUGACCAACUCUUCCUCUUCCUGCUUAUUACACUCUGAAGAAGUUGGUGCUUGCACAUCAGCUGCGAUGCUCUGGUACCACACACACGUCACUGGAUCAAAUAAUAGUGGGUUCCCGAUGGAUGUGUGAAGUCGGUAACACUGGUUCUGCCUCCACCAGGAUGUUGCCAUCAUGACCAUAGAGUUUGGAGUUGCGAUUCUGCCCUCUGGGCCAACUGGCUCCGUCUGGCCGGUUGUCUUUUCCGCUGCAGAAGAAUAAUCAAUGAACUGAAUGAACAUACUUGAAGAGCAAUCAAAGUGCUCAAAGACUCAGUGCUUCCGUACUGUUUCUCUUCGUGACAAUGAAAUAGUAAUACUUUUUAGUUGUUCUGUUGUUGUUUUUUAUUUUUUAAAGACAAAUAAAUUUGCUGUUUUAAAAUGUGAAAUUGAAAUUAACUCCAAUAUCAUGAAGUUUC